AUGUCCAAUUUUAACAAAGACGACGAUUUGGCACCAGCAGAUGCACCACCAUCAUAUGCGGAGGCGGUAUCUACUCAAGCGACAGGAAUGACCAAUGGUGGGUCUUCUUCGUAUAGUCAACAUUCUGCACCACCCCCGCCCGCACCCAGACCACAGCCCCCACAAUCAUCCUAUAGACCACCACCUCCACCUACACGACCUCCACAACAACCACCACGGCCACAACAAUCAUCUACAAGUCUGCUAUAUACAGGCAACACCAAUCUUCCAUUCUCGUUUCCUAAGGGGUACCUUUGCUCCAAAUGUAAAAACACCGGAUAUAAAAUAAAACACGGGGAUGUGUGUCGUACUUGUUGGGAUAAAUUCUACCUUUCAAAAAAUGCCUACAAUCCCAGUCCAUCGUUACCGUUCAAGUAUCCUCGCAAGUACUACUGUAACAAAUGUCACAACACAGGUUACAAAAUCAAGAAUGGAAAAUCGUGUCAAGAUUGUUGGAGUUUGUUUGGACCAAGAAACAGCUAUUCCUCAGUAGUGAACGGAUACAAUCCUAGCUAUUUCGGAACCACUACAUUCUUACCGUACUCUUCCCCCAGUGGGCUAAGAGUACCACCGGGAGAUCCAAGAUUGGGUGGGAUUUUAUGUGGACGAUGUCGAGGAAGCGGGGUCACGAGAUUUUUAUUGGAUGUUGACUUGUGCCCUAUUUGUAAUGGGCUAGGAAGAGUUAUUACAAGCGGUACUCAGCAACAUGCGCCUAUGCCCCCACGCCCUCCACAACAUAUUCCUAUGCCUCCACCACCACCACCUCAACCUCCAAUGCAACCAUACUAUUACCCUCCAGAAAAGAGGUGA